AUGGCAGGCCACGACGAGAAGGUUGAUACCGUCCAUGACGAGGUUGUUACCGAAGUCAACAUGAAGGGUACGGUCCUGGCCAAGCAAGCCGCCGAGGAGGAACACAAUCUCUCCUUCCUGGCGGCCAUCCGCAAGUAUCGCAAGGCAGUCUUUUGGUCGGCCCUCCUGUCGACAUCAAUCAUCAUGGAAGGCUACGACAUCGUCCUAAUGUCGUCCUUCUUUGCCCAGCCCUCCUUCUCGGCCCGGUACGGCGACUACGAUGCGGCUACCGGCACGCACCAGAUCUCAGCCUCGUGGCAAAACGGUCUCAGCAACGCUGUCAGCGUCGGCACCAUCGUUGGAGCUUUUGCGAAUGGCUAUUUUACGCACAAAUUCGGCUACCGCAAGGUCCUACUCGGUUCGCUCGGUCUGAUCGCCGCCUUCAUCUUCAUCCCAUUCUUUGCGCCCAACCUCCCCGUUUUGCUCGUCGGCGAGUUUCUCUGCGGCAUCCCGUGGGGUGUUUUUGCUACGAUGGCUCCGGCUUAUGCCUCCGAAAUCUGUCCAAUGGCGCUGCGAGGCUACCUCACCGUUUACGUCAACCUCUGCUGGGCACUCGGCCAACUGGUGUCGGCCGGUGUUCAGUCUGGCUUCGCCGAGAAUACUACAGAGUGGUCCUACCGCAUCCCGUUCGCCAUUCAGUGGGUUUGGCCGAUUCCGCUCUUCUUCAUCCUGUGGUUCGCUCCAGAGUCUCCCUGGCACCAUGUCCGCAAAGGCGAGUACGACCUCGCCAAGAAGAACAUCUCCCGGUUGAGCGCGGCCAAGGACGGUUCCACCGUGGCGGCUCCGAUGCUGGCCAUGAUGGUUCACACCAACGAGCUCGAGCAGCGCCUCGAUGACGGCACCUCGUACUGGGACUGCUUUAAGGGCGUGGACCGCUACCGCACCGAGAUCGCCUGCAUGGUUUUCGCUGCUCAACCUUUCUGUGGCUCCGCCAUGGGUGGCACGCCGACGUACUUUUUCGUCCAGGCCGGUCUGCCAACCUCCAUCUCGUUCCAGAUGGCCGUCGGAGGUCUCGGGCUGGCAUCCGUCGGCACCAUCAUCUCCUGGUUCCUCAUGAGCCGCUUUGGUCGCAGGAUGAUUUACUUGGUCGGCCUGGGCGCUCUUGCUGCGAUCCUCUUCAUCGUUGGUUUCAUCAGCGUCGGGGCUGCGGACUCGGCCGGCGGCAACUACGCCCAAGCAAGCAUGAUGUUGAUCUGGCUGCUCGUCUACUACCUCACCGUUGGUCCCAUCUGCUACGCCAUCAUUGGCGAGGUGUCCUCGACGCGCUUGCGGAACAAAACAGUCUGUCUGAGCCGCAUUGCCUAUUAUAUUGCUCAAGUCCUCUGCAACGUCGUUAACCCUUACAUGCUGAACCCGACGGCCGGCAACUGGCGUGGCAAGACGGGCUUCUUCUGGGGUGGUUGGGCCUUGGCUUUCUUCGCGUGGACUUGGUUCCGUCUUCCCGAGACCAGCGACAAGACGUUCGAGGAGCUCGACAUCCUGUUUGCGCGCCGCAUCCGGGCCCGCGAUUUUGCCAAGUACAGGGUGGACGCGUACGCUGAGGGACAGGCAGGACUCUAG